CAGAUGUCUAGCAGCAGCAGUGGAGGCAGCCCCGGAGGUCCUCACGAAGAAGGAGCAGGUAGGAGUCCAAAGACAGUUUUCAAGGACAAGGGGUCCUGGAGGCCUCUCGUUCCACCAACUAGCGAUGCUGACCUGCUCCUUGGCGUCCAGUGUCCCCGCUCCCAGGAUACUCAGCACCCUCCUGCUCCUGGCUGCCUCCCUGAAUGCGCAGAAUGAAAUCUGGGACAGCCCCUCUUGCACCGAGGAUGUGGUGUCGGUACUUAGGGGCAGUCCUGCGGUGAUGGCCUGCAACAUCUCCAAUGCCUUCACCGAUGUCAGCAUCCGACUGAUUGCUGGAGGACAGGACAGGACCAUCUUCAAGGAGAUGCCUCCAGGACUCUUCUCACGGGGAGGGUGGCAGCUCCAAAUUCAAGGAGGUCAGGCCCAGCUGGUGAUCCAAGAUGCCCAGGACGCCCAUGCAGGGCUGUAUUUCUGGCAGCUGCAUGGACGCCAAAGAGAAAACAAAAACAUCACACUGAAUGUAUCAGCAUCAUUCCAUCGCCGUGACAAACACCAGGAGGAAAACCAGGGCAGGAGCUCCAGCAGGAAGCUGAAGCAGAAACCACCGGGAAGCCGCUUGCUGACUUGCUGGCCAGCCUGUGCUUAA